UGGUGGACACUUUCGAACAAGGAAUCUAAGUCCAUGGCGUUUAAACGUCGAAAUCACUCCCUUUGACUAACUUUUUCAUAAAAUAAAAUUGUAGAAUAACAUUGGCUAAUGGCAGGGGCGGCCUUGAAAAGGCUUAUGGCCGAGUACAAGCAAUUGACUCUAAAUCCACCUGAAGGAAUCAUAGCUGGUCCAAUAUCUGAAGAUAACUUCUUUGAAUGGGAAGCACUAAUAUCUGGACCAGAAGGCACAUCAUUUGAAGGUGGUGUGUUUACAACRCGUUUAACCUUUCCUCACGACUACCCACUAAGUCCACCAAAGAUGAGAUUUGUUGGUGAAAUGUUUCACCCUAAUGUGUAUCCAGAUGGGCGUGUAUGUAUCUCAAUUCUUCAYGCACCCGGAGAUGACCCAAUGGGUUAUGAGAGCAGUGCUGAAAGGUGGAGCCCUGUUCAGUCUGUUGAAAAAAUUCUUCUUUCAGUAGUCAGUAUGCUGGCAGAGCCAAACGAUGAAAGCGGAGCAAAUGUCGAUGCCUCAAAAAUGUGGAGGGAAAAUAGAACAAAGUUUAAUGAAAUUGCAAAUGACAUAGUAAAAAAAUCACUUGGUCUUUGAAAAAGCAACUGAUUAUUAUUAGACUUAAGAAGUCCUAGGCCAUGUUGGAUAACAUCAGAAAUUAAUAUUACAAUAGCUUGCAUAACUGGUACAUAAUUACAUGUCUUAGUUUCGAGGAAUGGAAUAAGACUGCACUGUCCUGAUAUGUAGUGUUCUCAACUGCUAAACGUAAACUUACUGUGAACAGCUUUUUCAACCUGCAUUCGGUCAGUUUUCAUGUAAAAAUGUCUAGUGAACUGUCAUUAGAUCCCACAAAAAUAGUGAGAAAAGAACAGAAUGAGGCACUAGCAGGCCAUGUGGAAUAAGGCCAUGUGUAAUGACCAAGACAUGUAAUUUACCAAUUGAAUAAGUAGUGCAUAUUGUCGAAAAAUGAAUACUUCGUAACUUGAAUGAUGAUCCAAAUAAAUUAUUUAUGUGCAACCUUAGCAGCAAAUAUUUCAUAAAUUAGGGUUGUAUGUCAAUCUAAUACUUAUGUCACUUGAGUGGAGCAUAUAUUAAAAAUCUGUUUUUUUUUGGAAAAUACACAUCAAAAAGGUAUUUUCUUUGACAAAAGAUGUUGUUGAAAACUUGUUUUAGAGACAUACACAUGUACCUGAUGGUCAAUCUCAAGACUAAAUCAAAGUUAAUUUAUGAAACUAUGCCUCGCACAGAAGAAAACGUACUUUAGUAAAUAACUUCAUGUAAGCUAAAAAAUAAAAUAGAAAUGACAAAUAAAGUAUUUGAAAAAURUAGAUUAUAGUAACUAAAAAAACAACUCCAAUAAUAUUAGUAAUAAAUUAUCAUAGGUGGAA